AUGGCUGCUUAUGAGCAGAAAUUGAAUCAUGCUAGACAAGCCCUUGAAAUAACACAGGCUAAACUAUGCUUACAACCUUUAGACCAACAACUGCUGGAACAGGAGAAGGGUAUUUUGGCUGAUGUAGAGAAAUGGAGCAAUGUGGAGGAACAAGUUUUAAGACAGAAAUCUAAAGCAUGUUGGAUUGACCGUGGAGACUCAAAUUCUAAGUUCUUUCAUGCUCAAUGGAAAAUUAGAAGCAGCAGGAAUGCAAUCUCAUCUGUUGACACUGAGACUGGGAUUAAACUUACUGAUCCAUUACUAGAUGUAACAGAGGAGGAAAUCUAUGCAGCUAUACUAGAUAUGCCAAAGGAAAAAGCACCGGGUGUAGAUGGGUUCCCUAUAGAAUUCUUUACAAGAAACUGGGAAAUUGUAAAGAAAGAGGUUAUUGAAGCUGUUCAGAAUUUUUUCAGUACUAGGAAGCUUGACCCCACAGUAAAUUGCACAGCUGUAACACUUGUGCCUAAGAAGCAAACUCCCACUCAUGUCAAGGACUAUAGACCCAUUGCUUGUUGCACCACCAUAUACAAAAUAAUUGCAAAAGUCCUUACUAGUAGGCUCAAGACUGUUAUUGAUGGUUUGAUAGGAUGCUGUCAGUCUGCCUUCAUUGAAGGAAGACACAUUCUAGAUAACAUCAUUUUCAGCCAUGAACUCCUCAAGGGAUACAAUAGAAAAUGGAUUUCUCUAAGAUGUGUGUUAAAAGUGGACCUCAGAAAGGCUUAUGAUACUUUAGAAUGGGUUUUCCUGGAAAGAGUCCUUCUUGAUCUGAGAUUUCCAUACAAAUUUGUCAAAUGGAUAAUGGAGUGCAUUACAACUGUCUCUUAUUCGUUGUUACUAAAUGGAGGACUCACAAAACCUUUCAGAGCUAAGAGGGGCAUCAGGCAAGGGGACCUUAUGUCCCCUUACCUGUUUGUCAUUGGUAUGGAGGCAGAUAUUAGCUCCAUUCAACUACUUAAUGCCACUUUCCAGAAAUUAUCUCAAGCCUCUGGACUGAAAGCAAAUACUGAUAAGUGUUCAGUUUACAUGGCUGGCAUCUCUCUCACUACAAAGCAGCAGAUACAAGACUUAUUGGGCUAUUCUGCAGGAGAGCUCCCAUUCAGGCUACAAAUGAUAAAGUCUGUGCUCUUUGGACUUCAAACCUACUGGGCCCAGUUCUUCAUACUUCCAAAAAAGGUUUUGAAGAUGGUAGAAGCAAUUUGUAGAUCCUUCCUCUGGACAGGAAGUGCUACUAUUUCAAAAAAGGCUUUGAAUAAGGCUGCUAUUAUAAAGCAGCUAUGGGCCGUUGGUAGGAAGAAAGAUUGCCUCUGGAUAAAGUGGAUACACAGUUUCUAUAUAAAAAGGGGUAACCUAGCAGAUUCUCCCUUGCCCAAGGCUGCAACUUGGGUGGUAAAGAAGAUCUUGGGCACAAGGGAGCUGAUUCUGCAACAUCAAGCUAUGCAAGGUGAUCUGCAGAGCAUACUCUCAGGAACACUCUUGAAUGGGAAAUUCUCUAUCAAGAAGAUGUACGCACUCCUUAUGCCUCACUAUACCAAAGUUACAUGGAAGAGUAUUAUGUUGCAACCUAAUGUCCAUCCCAGAUACAAAUUCACACUUUGGCUGGCAAUACAAGGUAGAUUAGCAACUGUGGAUAGACUUCAGAAAUUUGGUAUUAUAGUGCCACCUGAUUGCAUCUUCUGUGGGCAGACCCAAGAAACACUCUCCCAUCUUUAUUUUGAAUGCUCAAUCACAAAGGGAUUGUGGUGCAGAUUGUUGGUAUGGCUAGGGUACACUAGAAAAAUAGGGGAUUGGAAAUAUGAAGUCAAAUGGAUCUCACACAUUGCUAGACAUAAAUCAGGCCACUGCUCCAUUACUUGCUGCAUUUUUGGUAUGCUAGUGGCAUUGGUUUGGAGAGAAAGGAACCUACUCAGAUUUCAAAGCACUCAGUUUCUUCCUGAUAGACUCUGCAGAGAGAUUGCUCAACCCAUUCACAUCCAAGGCAGGAACAACUUCAAAUGGCAGAGAGCUCUUGCUGCUAUGAAUUCCUAUCCCUAG